CGCACAAGUCCUGGGGAUGAGCGCGCGAUGGCCGCGGCUGAGGUGGAGUCUUCGCUGGAGUUGAGCUUGCCCGGCGGAGGCGGCGGCGGCGUCCCCGGCUUCCUCCCUCCGGCGCGGUCCCGCAUCUUCAAAAUCAUCGUGAUCGGGGACUCGAACGUGGGGAAGACGUGCCUCACGUACCGCUUCUGCGCCGGACGCUUCCCGGAGCGCACCGAGGCCACCAUCGGGGUGGACUUCCGCGAGCGCGCCGUCGACAUCGACGGGGAGCGAAUCAAGAUCCAGCUCUGGGAUACGGCAGGGCAGGAGCGAUUCAGGAAAAGCAUGGUACAGCACUACUACAGGAAUGUACAUGCAGUUGUGUUUGUAUAUGACAUGACAAACCUGGCCAGUUUUCAUAGUUUGCCGUUGUGGAUCGAGGAGUGCAAGCAACACUUACUCGCCAAUGAUAUACCCCGGAUUUUGGUUGGAAACAAAUGUGAUCUGAGAAGCGCCAUUCAGGUGCCUACGGAUGUGGCUCAGAAGUUUGCCGACACUCAUAGCAUGCCACUCUUUGAGACGUCUGCUAAAAAUCCAAAUGACAAUGAUCACGUGGAAGCUAUAUUUAUGACACUGGCUCAUAAGCUCAAGAGCCAUAAGCCACUCAUGCUGAGUCAGCCACCUGAUAACACUGUCCAUUUAGAACCUGCAUCAAAGCCUGCCAUAACAUGUUGGUGUUAGCUCACAAUACUUCUGCAGCCAUCCCCAUGUUUGCCAGUGCUAUAGAAGUGUGGUGUCGAUAACGUUCCAAGUGUAGUAGGGAAUUAUGUGGGAUCUGCUGGGCACUUUAUUGUAUGUCCUCACUUAUAAAUGUAUUCCACUCUUAAUAUUUGCACUUUGUAAACGGUAGCAUCUGACUUGAAGUUCAGCUGAAAAGUAGAUUUUCAAGUGAAGAUUAACCUCUGAUUCCUUUAAGAAAGCAUAGUUUUGAGACCCUCCACUUCACUAAAUAAAAAGAUAGAUAUGCGUAUUAGGUCAAAUCACGGAUGCCUUUAGUGUUCAAUUGAGCAUACCCUCUUUCUGUAGAAAUCCAAAGACUAGUAUGAAAUUGUAAUCUAAUUUCUUUGAUAAAUGUAUGAAAUCUACACAUAUUUAUCAUAUCUUAAUCAUGCAAUAGAAGAAAGACUCAACAUGAAUACUAAAUAGUAGUGCAACUUGCCUGCCAUCUAUCUAUCUUAUCCCACAUUCUGCAGAGUCAUUAAUUACACAAGUGAUAAUUGACAUAGUAUGUUUUUCUGCCUUAAGUUGUGCUUUUCUUACCUCUGUGGCAUAUUUUCAUAGCUUUGCUCUCUUCUUUAGAUACAAGACAACAAGGGAUAGGAACAUAUUGAGGGAAUAUAAGAUUAUUCAAACAUUAUUUAACUCAAAUAGUGUUUUUUCCAAGAUGAACAUCAUGCAAAUGUACUGGAUUAUUGGAAAUAACAUUAAAAUUAGGUAUGUUAAUAUAUGUUGCUGCUGUAGCCAUGGGAAUUCUAUCUGUUCAGUAAUGGUGAUGCUUCAGAGAUGUGCUCAUCAAUAGGAUUACAAAACAUUGCUGUUGAAUGUGUGCCUAUAUCUUUAAAAGUUCCUUAAGAGGACAGAUCAGUGUGUAACCUAAUUUGUCAUCCACUGAGCCUUUGGGUUCACUUGCUAUGCGGUGAAUGUUGAAGUCAGCAGGAUGAAGGAGAAGGGUUAUUUACAUCAUAGUUUUGGAAUAUUUAUAGAUACUGCAUGGAAUCUAGUGGACUGCUUCAGUGCUGUGAGAGGAACAGCGAAAGAAACGAAAGCUUUUGCACAGGACCCUUCCUCUCUUGCACCUGAAAAACUGCUUUGACAUUCUGAUAACCCUUUGGAGCCAAUUCUAGGGUUGGCAGGAGAGGAAUUUCCACUGUGCUACCAAUUAAGCAGUAGUGUGAAGUUGAAUUUAGGCCAUGUAAACAUUCUGCAGGUUAAGAGGAGCUUAACCUGUAUCUUGGUAUAGUAUGUUGGUUGAUUUGUGACAGCAUUGUAGUAGAUAUCUUUUGUACAGCUUUCAAACUAGCCAAACCAUUAAUCUUGAUUCCAAACCUAGAGUGUGUCCAAAUGUAGGAUUUGGGAUCACAUUGUUUAUUGCACUAUAGAAGGAUCAGUGAAUGCAAAAGUGUGAACAGCAGCAUAUGAAGAACAAAUAGUAGCCAAGUUAACUUGCGACAUUGUGUUUUUGCAAGAGCUUGAAACAAAAACAAUGUAAGAAUCUGUAGUGGGUUGUUGUGAGUUUUCUGGUCUGUAUGGCCAUGUUCCAGAAGCAUUCUCUCCUGAUGUUUCACCUUCAUCUAUGGCACCUCAGAGGUUGUGAGGACCUUCCAUAGAUGCCUUCCAUAAAUGCAGGUGAAAUGUCAGGGGAGAAUGCUUCUGGAACAUGGCCUUACAGCCCGGAAAACUCACAACAGCCCAGUUAUUCCGGUCAUGAAAGUCUUUGACAAUACAAUCUGUAGUGGGUCAUGACAUUUCUACUUCUUCAGCCUUAGCUAUUAAAAUAUGGGAAGGACAUAUAUGAAGGCAGUUGUGUUCCAUAAGAAAAGUGAAUAAGUUUUUACUAACACUUGAAAGGGCUCUUCAGAUUUAUUUGCAGUAUAGACAACUAUAUGACAGGGGAUGCUUGAUGAUUUUGCAUGGAUAUAUUUCUGCCAUUAUACCUGGCCUUGUAUCUUAACUUUCCUGCAACUAGAAGGAAUGUUACCACUCAUAGGAAAUGCAAGGGAGGGAUAAGCUCUCCUGUACUCAUUGUGUAACAUGCAUUAGUGACAUGACUGGCCAAAUAAAGGCCUUCCAGCAGCUUACUGUCAGCAAGUGAAUGUUAUGCUGCCUCUUUUAUGUAAGUUCUUGCUCAAUAUGGCAGACACUCAAUUCAAAAAUAUUGCAUUGUCUUAAUUCUGCAUCCAUCUGAAGAAUUUCAGUAGUUUUAAAGAGGAAUAUACUUUCUUUGCUUUCAGACAAUGCAGUAUAUCAAUUGCUCUUGGUGCUGUCUUAGAAAUGCAUUGUCCCCUGCAUGAAUGAGAAUGGAGAUUUUCAUUUCAUGUUUGUAUCCUGCCUUGCCUUUCACAAAGGUAGCUAACAUGAAUAGUCUGCAUCUUCUAAAAUUGGUGCUAGCUGGCUGCUGUGUUGUAACUUGUUAAUAUAUUAAAAAUGGGCUGUCCAAUAAUGGAAAUUAUUUUUAAUACAUGAUUUUAUGGCUCUGUUCAAGUAGUUAGCUAUACAUUAUUUACCAAAAUAUAAAUGUAUUGCAGAGAUCUUAGUCUUAUUUUUUUUCUUUCAAUACCAAUAAGGGGUUAUUGCAAUCUUUCUGAUCCUCAUUCUUAAUGAUGGAAUUGGUGUUUUACAUGUGUUCUGGAUUCUACAUUUUGUCUUAGGCUGCACACAACCUCUUGAUUACACAGAAAGGGAAAAGAAGCCAUGAAUCCCACUGCACCAUAGAAUUUUAUUCAAAUGAAAUAAAGUUUCAGUAUUCUAUGUGAAGAUUUUGAGAACAGUGUGCUAAAUUUGAUUGUUGUGUGUUUUCCGGGCUAUAUGGCCAUGUUCCAGAAGCAUUCUCUUCUGACACUUCGCCUGCAUCUAUGGCAGGCAUCCUCAGAGGUUCCGAGGAUGCCUGCUAUAGAUGCAAGCGAAACGCCAGGGGAGAAUGCUUCGGGAACAUGGCCAUGCAGCCUGGAAAACACACAACAGCCCAGUGAUUCCGGCCAUGAAAGCCUUCACAAUACAGUAUGCUAAAUGUAGUUUGUUUAUUCUGUAUCCACUCUAUGCCGCUAUUGGAAGAACUAAAUUUGAGUAUCAAAUGAAGUUUUUAGUUUGCCUUCAAGAUUGUGUUCUAUCAUUAUGGUAAAAGUUUAAUGGCCAAACAUAGAGAAAAACAAGCAUUCUUGUUACAGGUGGUAAUGUAAAAAAAAAAAAAAACUAAAUUUUAGGUUUUAAAAAUGUAUGUAUUGCACCUUAAGUAGCAUAAAUGCAGGGAACACAAUAUGCUUGAACUAUGGGGAAAAGUGUGAAUGGAUUGUCUCCAAAAUUUUUAGAUAAUCUUUCUCUUUUUCUUUUUUCUUUCUUUUUUGGGGGAAAUCUUCUAUCACUGCAGUUGUGGCAUCAUUUUCUUUAGCUUUUGUAUAACAUUUGAGAAAAGGGAUUUUAAAAAAUCUGCUGUAAACGUGAAUUUCAUUUUGGUUUACAUAUUUUCCAGGGAAAAUCCUAUUUUAUGCUAAGUGUCUUAAAGGAUUUUUGGUAAUAUGAUUUUUAAAAACGUGGUUUACAUUCUUUUCUAGAGGAUUUAACUGUUUACUUUGUAUCCUUAAUCUAUUUAUGUAAAGGAUCGAUUUGAAUGCAGAUAAAGGCAAUGCAUGUCUGUAAAUUUUAUCAUCUCAGAGCAAGCACAAAAAUACAGAGCUCUAAAUACAGGUGGGAAGUCAAUGGAAGAAUAAGGCACAUGGAUUCAACAUACGAAGGCUUUCUUGGUUCCUGGUGACAAGAACAUUUUCAACGGUUGAUUUGAAACUAGAAAUAUAAUUAUUCUGACAUAUAAUAUUUUCAGCUUUUAAUAUUUUCAUCACCAAUUAUUUUGAUAGUGUUAUACAGAGUAUUGUUGAUCCAGAUGUUUUUGAGUUUAAUAAUGCUUUACUCCAAAAUGUUGUCUUUGUUGUUAUUGUUCCAAAACAAAAUGAAGGAUUUUUUGUAUGUUUCAAAAUGAUCACAAUGUGCCACUGUCUUGAAGUAAUAAAUACUAGCCAUAUAAAA